UAAUCUAAUCUAUAGGUAGAAGCACCUGUAAUAUAAUACUAUACUGAUCAUCAAUCAGUGAAGAUUUGCAAGAAUUUCAAGUAAUCAAACGAUGAGGAAGUGGACGAUCCAGUCCGUCCUAUUACUUCUUAUCACUCUAUCUCUACUUGCUGAUCAAGGACGCAAAAUUCAGGCCAAUGCAGAAGUUGAGACUGACGAACUAGUGAAUCCACCAAAGGUAGAAGAGAAAUUUGGAGCUGUUCCUAGCGGUUUAUCCACAGAUUCUGAUGUAGCCAGCAGGGAAGCGGAGUCGAUCUCAAAGAGAUCUCUCCGGAGCAGUGCUGAGAAAUUUAAGUUCCAAGCUGAGGUAUCCCGGCUUAUGGACAUUCUUAUUAAUUCUCUGUACAGCAACAAAGACAUUUUCCUGAGGGAAUUGAUCUCCAAUGCCUCUGAUGCCUUAGACAAAAUCAGGUUCCUUUCACUCACAGACAAUGAUAUUUUGGGUGAAGGUGAUGAUGCAAAGCUUGAAAUUCAGAUUAAAUUCGACAAAGAAAAGAAGAUUUUGUCUAUUCGUGACAGAGGUAUAGGUAUGACGAAAGAGGAUUUGAUCAAGAACUUGGGAACCAUUGCUAAGUCUGGGACAUCAGCAUUCUUGGAGAAAAUGCAGACAAAUGGAGACCUUAGUCUCAUUGGGCAAUUUGGUGUUGGGUUUUACUCUGUGUAUCUUGUUGCUGAUUAUGUUGAAGUCGUCAGCAAACACAACGAUGAUCGACAACACGUUUGGGAAUCAAAAGCUGAUGGUGCAUUUGCCAUUUCUGAGGAUACAUGGAACGAACCACUUGGGCGUGGUACUGAAAUCAAAUUGCACCUUAAGGAGGACGCCGGAGAAUACAUGGAAGUGAGCAAACUAAAGGAACUAGUGAGGAAGUAUUCUGAGUUCAUCAACUUCCCUAUAAACCUCUGGGUGGCCAAUGAGGUUGAUGUAGAGGUCCCUGCUGAUGAUGACGAGUCUAAUGAUGGAGAAGAGACCUCUGAAAGCAGCACUCCUGAGGAAGGAGAAGAUGAAGAGGAGGAAGAGAAAGAGAAAGAGAAAAAGCCUAAGACCAAGAAAGUCACCGAAACAACUUACGAGUGGGAGCUCUUGAAUGAUGUUAAAGCCAUAUGGCUGCGUAAUCCUAAAGAGGUUACCGAUGAAGAAUACAUCAAAUUUUACCACUCUUUAGUCAAGGACUUCAAUGCUGAAAAGCCUUUGGGAUGGAGUCACUUCAAUGCUGAAGGUGAUGUAGAGUUUAAGGCUCUCUUGUUUGUUCCACCAAGGGCUCCUAAGGAUCUGUACGAGAGUUAUUAUAACACGAAACAAUCGAACUUGAAGUUAUUUGUUAGACGGGUCUUCAUAUCAGAUGAGUUUGACGAACUUUUGCCCAAGUAUCUUAACUUCUUGAAGGGUAUUGUCGAUUCUGACACCUUGCCACUGAAUGUUUCGAGGGAAAUGCUUCAACAACACAGCAGCUUGAAAACAAUCAAGAAGAAGCUGAUCAGAAAGGCACUUGAUAUGAUUCGCAAGCUUGCAGAGGAGGAUCCAGAAGAAUCUAAUGACAAGGAUAAGAAUGUUGAGGAGUCGUCUGAUGAUGCAAAUGAGAAGAAAGGUCAGUACGCUACAUUCUGGAGUCGUUUUGGCAAGUCGAUAAAACUGGGUAUUAUUGAGGAUGCUACAAACAGGAACCGGUUGGCAAAACUUCUGAGAUUCGAGAGUUCAAAAUCUGGUGACAAAUUAGCUUCACUGGACCAAUACAUUUCAAGAAUGAAACCAGGACAGAAGGACAUCUUCUACCUCACUGGAACCAGCAAGGAACAGUUGGAGAAAUCACCAUUCCUCGAGAGACUUAACAAGAAAAACUACGAGGUGAUUUUCUUCACAGACCCUGUGGACGAGUACCUGAUGCAAUACCUUAUGGAUUUCGAAGACAAAAAGUUCCAGGACGUGUCUAAAGAAGGUCUUAAGAUAGUGAAGGAUUCGAAAGACAAAGAAUUGAAAGAAUCAUACAAGGAGUUAACGAAAUGGUGGAAAGGUGCACUUGGGAGUGAAAACAAUGUUGAUGAUGUGAAGGUAAGCAACCGUCUUGCAGACAGUCCUUGCGUGGUUGUUACAUCAAAAUACGGGUGGAGCGCGAACAUGGAGAGGAUAAUGCAGUCCCAGACUCUGUCCGAUGCUAAAAAACAGGCUUACAUGAGAGGAAAGAGGGUGCUUGAAAUCAACCCGAGACACCCAAUUAUCAAGGAAUUGAAAGAGAGAGUAGCCAAGGACCCUGAGGAUGAGAUUGUGAAGCAAACGGCUCAACUGAUGUACCAAACAGCUUUGAUGGAGAGUGGAUUUGUUUCAAAUGACCCAAAGGACUUUGCUUCGUGGAUAUAUAACUCGGUGAAAUCUAGCCUGGAUAUUAGCCAUGAUGAAGUUGUGGAGGAGGAAGAGGAAGUUGAAGUGGCUGAAGAAGAAAAGGCUGUUGAAAAGGAUGAGGACGAAGUUGCUGGUGCUGCUGGCGGCGGCGGUGGUGAUGAUGAUGUUGUUGAAGAAGAUGCUGCAUCUUCCUUUAAAGAUGAAUUGUAGGUGAAAUCAUCUAUCUGGAUUUAAGAUUUAAGAUUGAUCACAUUGGCUGCUGAAUGCAUUGAUUUGUGCUUGAAAGAAAGAGUAAAAGAUAGAAAUUUUAGCAAGAGUAUUAUUAUUAGUAGUAAUGGUGGCGACUCUUCUAUUAAUUAAUUAAUGGCAUGCAUUUAUAAAUUGUAAGGCCACAAAGAAUUUUGUAACCUUCUCUCCUACUGCACUUUAUCUAUUCUAUUUACAUACUACUGUAGUAUUUUUAUUUUA